CGCACGAGAAGGCCGCGCCGACGAGAAGGCCACGCCCAACAUGGAUGAGGAGUCCAUAAUGACCGGGGCUGCUGCCGCAGCAUCGAGUUUGCAGAACAUUAUGCACACGUUCGACUCCGAUGGUGAGCAUGAUGACCAAGAACCGGGUGGUUUGUUCGGCGAUCUGCGGGUGGAAGAGGAGGAGGAGGAGGAGGAGGAGCGCGAGAAGCACAUCCGGCGCUCCUACCCUCGCCCGGAAUACUGGCGGUCAACCGGGGGGAAGUGGGUACUGAAGCUGCGAGAGCUGAAUGCUGCGGAGGAGGGGCUGGACCCGGAAUGUCGAGAAGCUGUGCAGUUUGCCGGCACCUUCCGCAUCCCUUUCGUGUUGUUCGAGAGCAUCAUGCAGACGGUCACCUCCAUCUUCCAGUCUUCAGCCAGAGACGUCGCGGGCAGGGAUUGCCCACCCGUGGAACUCAAGGUGUG